AAAAGGAAACCAUCCUAUUUCAAACCUCAUCCUCAACACCCAACCUCCAAGAAGAAGCCCAGACCAUCCCCUUCUCUUUCUCGAAUUUUAAAUCCCCCCUUCCCGAAAAUGUUCUCUCUAUCUCGGAGGGCUCUCGGGAGGCGUCUCGCCUGGAAUUCGUCAGCGAGACUGAUCUCCCCUCCCCCCUUCACUGGACUCGCGGUCCGAUACCUGGCAGCCGAACCUAUGCCUACCAAGCCUCAAAAUACUUCCAUUUCCCAGUCCGGCUUUAAUGAUGCCCCGGAAACUCUUCUUGACUCGGGCGAGAAAGUUGAUUGGGCUAGAUCUUUCCACGGAUUGUCGACGGAACCCUUCUCCAAGGAAGCAGCCGAUGUUUUGCUUGCUCCUGUUAACCCUGAGGAUGUUGAAAUCAAACCCGAUGGAAUCAUCUAUCUUCCCGAGAUCAAGUAUCGCAGAAUCCUCAAUAAGGCUUUUGGCCCUGGUGGUUGGGGUCUAGCGCCCAGGGGUGAAACCAUUGUGACUGAGAAGACAGUUACUAGAGAAUAUGCUCUUGUUUGCAACGGCCGCCUUGUGUCUGUUGCUCGUGGCGAACAAGACUACUUUGACCCGAGCGGCAUCCCCACUGCAACUGAAGGCUGCAAAUCAAAUGCCUUGAUGCGCACUUGCAAGGAUCUCGGAAUUGUCAGUGAGCUCUGGGAUCCACGCUUUAUCAGGAACUACAAGAAAAAGUACUGCGAGGAGAAGUUUGUUGAGCAUGCCGUAACGAAGAGGAAAUCGAAGCGCUGGAUCAAAAAGGGAGAAACAAUUGAUUACCCCUUCAAGGUUUCUUCUUUCGGUUAGAGAAUUUGAUCCUUUUCCGUUUGUCUCUUUUACAUAUGAUCUGGCUACACCAACGAGCAAUUGAGAAUCCAGGGAUCGGGUAUGAAAAUCAUGUAUACUAGCGCUUCCUCUCCACUUGUGCCGAUCAAUUUCAUUUUCAUAUUAUUCACAAA